AUGAUGCCCGCGGCCCUACCUACGCCUCCCGACGGGGAAGAGCUGGCGAAAUUCUCGCAAAAAUCAGUAAUGGGAACAGUAUUUGAGACUACACAACGUUAUACCGAGUGGAAACCAUUAGGUCUGGGAGUGUCUGGGCUUGUCUGUUCCGCAAGAGACCGGAUCGGUCAUCGCACGGUUGCUGUAAAAAAGCUCGCCGAACCCUUCCAUACAGAGGCUGUCGCCAGGCAUAUGUUUCGAGAAAUCAAAUUGCUGAGACAAUUGCGUCAUGAAAAUAUUAUCAACCUUACCGACAUAUUUAUCUCUCCAUCCGAAGACAUCUACCUGGUCACCGAACUGAUGGCCACCGAUCUAAACACAAUCCUUAAAGCGAAAAAGGUCGAGGACCAAUUCGCCCAAUACUUCAUGUACCAAAUAAUGCGCGGCCUGAAAUAUCUCCACUCAGCGGGUGUUGUCCACCGAGAUCUAAAACCAAGCAACAUCCUAGUGAACGAGAAUUGCGACCUUAAGAUAUGCGACUUUGGCCUCGCCCGAAUACAAGAGCUGCACAUGACCGGUUACGUCUCAACGAGAUUCUACCGCGCCCCGGAAAUCAUGCUCACCUGGCGCAAUUAUAACGAGAAAGUAGAUAUCUGGAGCGCGGGCUGCAUCUUCGCGGAAUUGUUACUCGGCGAACCUCUAUUCCCGGGGAAGAACCACAUCAACCAGUUUUGCGUCAUCACCGAUCUUCUUGGUAGCCCGCCGCCUGAAGUGAUUGCAAAUAUUACAAGCGAGAACACGCUAAAUUUCAUCCGAUCACUACCAAAACGAGACCGGAAGCCCUUGUCACAGCUCCUCCCGAAAGCAAACGAGGACGCGCUGAACUUAAUCGACCAAAUGCUCCAAUUCGACCCCAACAUCCGAAUCACUGCGACAACCGCGCUCGAAUCACCAUAUCUCGCACCAUACCACGACCCGAACGACGAACCCAUCGCAACGGAACCCUUCGACUGGGCGUUCCUUGAAGCGAACCUCCCGGCUGAUAUUUGGAAAACGAUCAUGUACGGCGAGGUUCUCGGGUUCCACGAACAAAUGAAUCAAAGUGGCCAGACUGGGCCGAUGAAAACGAUAUAUCAAGUCGAUGGGAUGGAUCUGGGAUGA